UCAUUAAAGCCCGGUUGCCCCGGAAACGCGGCCAGCUGCAAGUGCGAGCAAAAGUUUUUCAACGACCGACUUGGACGCGCCGCGCCUUCCUCCUCGAGGAUGUUGCUGUGGCUUCUGCUGGCCUGUAUGAGCGGCCUUUGCGCGGGAAACACGACGACGACGACGACGACGACGACGACGAUGAUGAUGAGAGGCCGCAGCGCGACCCGACGGCAAAACCAAAGUUCGCACGACUCGGGCGCUUUCUCGGGACACUACGAACUGGCGGGGGUGCGCUCGUUCGCGGCGGAGCGGCAAGCAGAGUCUCGCGUCGUCGGCGGUCAGGAGACGUGGCCCCACUCGUGGCCGUGGCAGGUGUCGCUCCGCUUCUCCACCAUGCCGGCGUGCGGGGGCGCCGUCCUCUCGCCGAUCUGGGUCGUCUCGGCGGCGCACUGCUUCCAAAGGUUCAAGAAAGUCUCCUUCUGGACUGUUCUGGCAGGAAAACACGACCUGGAAAACCCUGACGAGGACGGACAACAGGUGGUGGGCGUGUCGGCCGUGGUCAGCCAUCACCGCUACAACGCCGGCACCAAAGAAUUCGACGUGGCUCUGCUGAGGCUGGAGCGGCCGCUGGCCUUCGACCGCUUCGUGCGGCCCAUCCACGUGUGGACGGUGCCGCUGCCCACCCUGAAAAAGUGCACCGUCACCGGCUGGGGGGCCACACGGGAGAACGGGCCGCGGGUGAGCAGGCUGCAGGAGGUCAACGUGACUGUGAUGACCUCCGACCUCUGCCAGCGCUACUAUAAGAGCAGGCUCCGGACGCAUAUGUUCUGUGCGGGACAAAAAGGGGGCGGAGUCGACGCAUGCCAGGGCGAUUCCGGCGGCCCGCUGUCCUGUUACGACGGCCGCCGGUUCCGGCUGGCGGGCGCGGUGAGCUGGGGCGUGGGCUGCGGUCGCGCCAGGAAACCCGGCGUGUACACCAGACUGCAAGACCACAUUCCGUGGAUGGCCGACGUCAUGAGCAACCACGAUGUGGCGUACGCCGACGAGUCGGCCAGAGAGGACCUCUGCGGGAAGCGGGAGAAGUCCACCUGUCAGAACCUUCCGGGCCCGGCCGGUCUCUCGGUUGAAGAGGAGGGCGAGCCGAGGGCGGAGAACGUGACGGAGGCGUGUCCGGGGGCGUGGCCCUGGCAAGUCAGCCUCCAGGCCAACGGCAUCCAUUACUGCAGCGGAAUUCUGGUCCAUCGCCUUUGGGUGCUCGCCGCGCGACACUGCAGGGUCAGAGCCGGAGAGGAUACGGCCGUCCUGGGAGGUCACGACCUCAGUUUGUCUCUGUCCCAAGCCGUCCCCGUGGAGCAGGUUUUGGAGCCGCCCCAGGAAGACUGGUUCCCUCCAAAAGAUGACCUGUCGCUGCUUCGCCUCGCCGUUCCCGCCAGACUGGGCGAGGGCGUGACGCCGCUUUGCGUGUCCGAGGAGGAUGAGGAACCGGACAACAGCUGGAGCUGUGUCAGCGCCGGCUGGGGCGCCACGUCCGCCGCGGCCGCCCUCCGCCCGGAGCGUCUGCACCACGCUCGCGUCUCGCUGGUGAACUCCACCGAAUGCCGGGCCCAAUGGGGUCACAACCUCAUCGACGACGCCCACGUGUGCAGUCAUCCCGUCGCCGGCGCCGCCUGCCUGGGCGACUCUGGAGCGCCGUUGUUCUGCCAGAAGCGCGGCGCCUACUUCCUCUUCGGGUUGCUCACGUGGGGCGCUCGCCAAUGUCAGCCCGACAGGCCCGCCGUCUUUACCAAAGUGUCCGAUUAUCACUCGUGGAUCAGCGAGAUCACUGACGGGUAGCGGCGCCGGGGAAGAAUCUGCUACGAGAAGUGGAUUUCCAAUUUCAAAUAAACUGUUGAUAAAAUGCUCAA